CCGGAGGUCUGACUUGCGCGUGCUCAGUGUGCUUGACUCUGCUUUCUCCUUCACUGUGCCCCGCUGCACCCAACUGUGGUUAGGAACUGCACGCUCCUCCUGAAAAUAAAGAGACACACAUGGCAGAUAAAGGAGUGGUGGUGCAGAAGGAAAAGGCAGGAAAUGGCAAGCAGGCUGAGAACAAAGGCCACUGUGUGACAUGUGAACACCACGCACCCAAGGGACAUGGCACAAUGGCCGUCCCCCCUGCCUACUCAGACUUGGGAAAAUCUGCCAAAGACAUCUUUGGCAAGGGCUUUGGAUAUGGCGUUCUCAAGCUGGACGUUAAGACCAAGUCUCAGAGUGGUGUUAUGGAGUUUAACACCUCUGGCUCCAACAACACAGAUACAGGAAAGUCAGGUGGCCACCUGGAGACCAAGUACAAAGUGAGCGAUCUAGGCCUUAACUUCAGCCAGAAGUGGAACACAGACAACACUCUCACCACAGAAAUCACCAUUGAGGACCAGCUGGCAAAAGGCCUGAAGCUCAGUCUGGACACAUCGUUUGUGCCUAAUACUGGUAAGAAGAGUGCCAAACUGAAGACUGGCUACAAGCGUGAGUAUGUCAACGUUGGCUGUGACCUGGACUUUGACAUGGCUGGACCCACCGUCCACGGGGCUGCUGUGCUUGGCUACGAGGGCUGGCUGGCCGGCUACCAGCUUGCUUUUGACACCGCCAAAUCUAAACUGACCCAGAACAACUUCGCCCUGGGAUACAAAGCCGGAGACUUCCAGCUUCACACCAGCGUUAAUGACGGCACAGAGUUUGGUGGCUCCAUUUACCAAAAGGUGAAUGGCAACCUGGAGACAGCGGUCCAACUGGCCUGGACAGCUGGCAGCAACAACACACGCUUUGGAAUUGGAGCAAAAUACCAGCUGGAUAAGGAUGCCUCCCUGUCUGCCAAAGUUGACAAUGCCUGCCUUGUUGGAGUUGGAUACACACAAACCCUCAGGCCAGGAGUGAAGCUCACCCUCUCUGGUCUGAUUGAUGGGAAGAACGUGAACGGUGGCGGACACAAAGUGGGCAUGGGUUUUGAGCUGGAGGCAUAAGGAAUCAUGGGAGAAAACAGUCAAGAAAAGAGGAGAGAAGCAACACAGGAAGAAGAUGAUUAAAGAGCCCAAAUGUGAAAACAUGGAAAAGGUCCACUCAGUGACACGUAAACACAUCUUUCCUCUGAGUCCUAAACACAUACGCACACAUUCUUUGGCCUUAACCCUGAAACCCUACGCAGCCUCCAAGACCUCCAGUACUGUAACUUUUCAAGGAUUCAAACAUUAUUUUUUAAAAUAAACAUUAUUUACUGGUCACACACUGCUGACUUGAGAGCAUAUAUUGUCAGAAAACAUCAGAUAUAAAGAUUUAUCAGCAGGAAAUGAAUGCAAAACCUCCAGAUGAUGUGCAACUUCUGACCACACUGACAGGAUAAAAGUGCAAUUUAAAUAAAGCCUUCAUGUGUGUCAGAUUUAUCUUAUCUUUCUAAACAAGGAUUCAAUGCACCUUUUAAUUUUGAAUGUGUGGUCAGCUCAGUCUAAGUUUUAGACAUUAAUAAUAUAGUAGAGAAUGCUUUUUUUGGUGUAUUUUGGUUCUGUUGCAUGCUUUUAAGGCUUGAGGGAAGUUUUUUGACUUUUCAGUGUCAAAUGGGCGAGUACAGAGACACUAAACAGAUGCAAUAAACCUGGAGGGAAUAAAGACAGAGCAGCUGAUCCCUCUCAGACCACGUGGACUGACUUCAGUUCACUAUUUAAACCUCAAUAACACAGUUUUGUACUGUGGACCUUCAGUUGCCUAAAUGCCUAUUUUUUAGGUCCUGUAUGUCACCUCUGUCUGGUUUCACAUCCUGUACCUGUUCAACCUUUACCACUACAUUUCACUUGAUCUGUGCUGUGCUUUGUAUAGGAGACUUAGUCGCCAGUUAGGACCUCAAACUGAUUUUAUUCAAUUAAAGGAAUAAAGAAUGUUAAA